AUUAUGCGUGCUGCAGAGGAGUACUGUUGCUGCUGUUGCUGUUGUUGUUGUUUUAUCAAAACGCUAGCGAUUUGGUCGAAGGGCACGUAUCAUUGCACUACAUCAACAUCAACAAUCACUUCCAAUUCGAAUUCGGCUUCGAUUGGGCGCUAUUCCGUGAACGGGUGCUGAAUGUAGUGCGUGAAAAGUUACGAUAGAAAAUUCAAUUGAACGGAAAAAAUGAAAAAGGAAAAUAGACAGAACCAAACCGUAAAUUUGAUUGGCGCCAAAUAAUCAAAUUGGUCAAUUAAUCAAUUAAAUUGGUUUUAUUCCGGUUACGUGGAUCAAACGAUUAUUCUAUAGCCCAUUUGUUCAUUGUAAAUCUAUAGUGAAGAAACAACGACUGUGCGUAUUAUAAAAGCAAACAGAUAAAAACAAAAUAAGCGAAAUUCACGGAGCAAAUUAUCUCUCUGGGCGACAAUAAAAACCAAAAUGACAAUACACACAAAUUUCCGGAUGAGUCAAUGCAACUCUCGAAAGCAAUGAUAUUUAAAAAAAACCAACAAAGUCCUGUUGAUAUGCGUGCCAUCAUCUGUCGUACAUCGGUGUCGGUUGUGUUUUGUCACCACCAUCGAGUGACUGUGUGUCAAUCGUCGUUUGGGUAAACGGUCGACAUUUUUAUCCAGUCAGAUAUUUAAUAUAAAGUGCCACUAUCAACGACUCUCAAUAAUAACAAUAAUAAUAAUAAUAACAAAAAAAUACGAAUGGCGAUUUUGUUUUAAUAUUUGCCAAUACACACAUUCAUUAUGAGCUUAUAAAAUUCAAAAACCAGAACCAAACCGAGAAAAAAAAAACAUGUUUAUCAGGUUAUUGUAAUACACGAAGAUCUUUUUUUUUAAAUGGAAUAUGAUUAAAGUUUUGUGUUCAAAGCCUCAAAGUUUUCGGAUCGAAUGCCACGAGAUAGGAAGAAAUCCACGUUAAUUCAAAUCACAAAUAAAUCGAACGAAAACUGAAUUGAUUGGCCGCAAUCAAUUGACUUGAAAGAAGAAAAAAUAAGAGUUAUAUCGAAAGACGAAUAAAAUCCGGAACAAAUGUUAUUUAAUCGAAUAAAUCACCUUUUCGAUCAACUGAAUGAAACGCUAAAUGUGCAAACGCUACACAAAUGGACAGAACAAAUGUAUGGUACGACAAACGACAGCCAUUUAUUCGGAAACAUGAUCAACGAAACAUUGAACGAUCUAAUCCUGCAAAACGGUUCUGGAAAUUCGACACCGUUAGAUGCAAAUAAUGUGAUACGGUUUAAACCAGAACCAUUGGCUGUACUAAUAUUGGUUACAAUAUGCUAUUCAUUUAUAUUUAUCGCUGGAAUCUUGGGAAAUGUGAUCACGUGUGCAGUUAUUUAUCGAAAUAAAUCGAUGCAUACAGCAACCAAUUACUAUUUAUUCAAUUUGGCCAUAUCAGACUUAAUACUUUUGCUAUCAGGAAUGCCACAAGACACGUAUAACAUUUGGUUUCCUCAUAACUAUCGUUUUACACAUACCAUUUGCAUAUUGCAAGGACUAUUAUCAGAAACAUCGACAAAUGCUACUGUAUUGACGAUUACCUCCUUCACCAUUGAGCGAUAUAUUGCCAUUUGCCAUCCAUUCAGACAGCAUACCAUGUCAAAAUUAUCACGUGCUGUUAAAUUCGUUAUGGGAGUAUGGAUUUUGGCUUUCGGUCUAGCUAUUCCACAGGCCAUUCAAUUUGGUGUGGUUUCGCUACAUGGAGGCCAUUCAUGCACAGUUCAAAAUAUACUGGUGGAGCAUGCAUUUGAAAUAUCAUCGUUUCUAUUUUUCGUUGGACCAAUGACUUUAAUUUGUGUCUUGUAUGUUUUGAUUGGAAUUAAAUUAAGAAAUAGCAAGACAUUGCACGGAAUCACACGUGACAGCAGCGAGAUCAACCGUAGUAUUUCCGGUCAAACACGUAUCAUUCGUAUGUUAAUUGCUGUUGCUGUUGCAUUCUUUUUAUGUUGGGCACCAUUUCAUUCGCAACGAUUGAUGGCUGUUUAUGGAAAAACGUUUCGUCCAACAAGUGAACUCUUUCGUGACAUUUAUACUGUACUCACAUACGUCUCGGGCGUACUAUAUUUCAUGUCAACGUGCAUCAAUCCAUUACUUUACUCCAUAAUGAGUCAUAAAUUUCGCAAUGCAUUUAAGAUAACCAUAAUUCAACACUGCGGAUUUGGAAGCGACUACAUUCGACCGGAUCAUACAUAUUCGAUGCUUUCACGAUACAACGGUAUCGGUUCACUGAAAUUGGGCAUUACCUCCACCCAUAAUCAACGUGCCAGCAAUCCAUGUAUAAGCGAAGUAAUGCGAACGACAGACAUUGCAAAUGGUCAUCGGCAUGAGAAUACCGAUUCAACAUAUGCCGAAUUGUCCAGUGAAUGUUCGCCGAUGCAAUUAAAAAAUGUUGGCCAUUCAAUGCAAAAUGUCGAUGGACAAGUCAAUCAUCAUCCAAAUAAUGAAAAAAUCGAUCUCAAUGCAAAUGCACGUUUCAAUUUGCGACGAAAAAAAGCAACGAAAAAUCAACAAAAAAAUCAAAAACCGUUUGUUCAUACAAUCAAACUAAGUGCGACCGGCCAUGGUCGAAAAUCACCAAAAUGCAUCCCAAAAAUAAAGAGCACAAAUAGCAUCUACAGCACCAGUACCAUAAGCAAUUCAAGUUUACAAGAAUAUGAUGACAAUGAACUUGAUACCAAUGAAUUGGCCAAAAAUUUGAGAAAAAUCAACAAUGACAUUCACCAUGACGUUAAAUAAAUCGCCCAACCCCCACGAUUUACUAAACACACAUAUUUACUAAUACAUUUUAUUCAUAAAUUAAUUAUAUUAUCAUGUUAAGAAUGUAUUUUUGUUCAUUUUUAUUGUAUAAUAUUAGAAUAUUCUGUGCAUAAAUUCUUGUC